AUGCCAAUUGUUGAUGAAAGAGAAGAAGUUUUCUUUGAUACUGUAAAUUACUUGUCAUCCGAGGAGUCUGUUGUAGUGGAAAAAAAUCUGGUGUGUCGUGAUAUAGGGUAUGAGAUUUGGUUGAGUGCGCCACAGAGUGUCAAGGAAAGAAGGGAAAAUUUCUUGCACAGAAUGGGUUUUGGUGAUCGAGCAUCCCUUGGUGAACCAGAGGGAAUGGGGUUGGAAAGGGUUAUGGAAUCUAGUGGAUCUGCUUCCAGUUCGUGCAUAUUAUCUACUUGUAGCACAGGUGACAAUACAGAGUGUGACAGACAGGAAUUGACUGGUGAAGCAAAUUGUUCAGUUGAAGAUUCUGACCACGAUUGGUUGGAUGAUAUGACCAUUGAUGUGGAGAGGGAAAUCAAUGAGAAUUACCUCUCUGUGGAAAAAUGUAAUAAUGGGGAAGUGCAGGUUUGUCUACAAGAUUGCAGGUGUGUGGAUAAGAAAGAGAAGAAAAUGAUGAGCUGGUGGAAACACUUCACACAGACAAUGAGGAAAAGCCGAGGUACCAAAUUAUCAAAGGAACUAAAAUUAGGUACUAAAGCAGGAAAUACCACUUGGGUGAAGAUGAAACAAAAUAAGAAGCGGUGCAUGGAGUGCUCUACUGUCUAUGUUGGACAAGAAAUUAGCGCACAUCAUGGUCGAAUCAGGACAAUGAAGUUUAGUCCCGAUGGCCAAUAUUUGGCUAGUGGAGGUGAAGAUGGGGUUGUUUGCAUAUGGCGUGUUAGUUCCAUAGAUGCGUCUUGCGAUACUGCAGAAUGCAAGUUUGGUUGCCAGGACAUGGAAGGUCCAUCCAGUUCUCAGAGGAAAAAAUCAAGUCACCCGUCUGUCAUCAUUCCUGAAAGGAUUUUCCAUAUUGAAGAGGAGCCAUUGCACAUGUUUCAUGGCCAUACCAGUGACAUUUUAGACAUUGCAUGGUCCACGACUAAUCAUCUUCUUUCAUCAUCAAUGGACAAAACUGUUCGAUUAUGGCGAGUAGGCUCUGAUGAAUGUCUUGGCGUUUUCCAACACAGCAAUUAUGUAACAUGUGUUCAGUUUAAUCCUGGGGAUGAGAACUACUUCAUCAGUGGCUCCAUAGAUGGUAAAGUUCGAAUAUUUGGAGUAACCAAGAAGAGAGUUGUUCAUUGGGCUAAUGCGCGAGAUGUUGUAACGGCAAUAUGUUACAAGCCAAAUGGAAAAGGUUUUGUCGUUGGCUGUCUAUCUGGUACCUGCCGUUUCUAUGAAACAUCAGGUGACGAACUUGAGCUAAAAGCAGAGAUAAACAUUCAGGGUAGAAAGAAGUCAUCCGGCAACAAAAUCACUGGCAUUCAGUUUCUGAAAAAUUACUCUCAGAGAGUGAUGAUAACAUCAGAGGACUCCAAAAUUCGGAUACUUGAUGGGCUUGAGGUUGUUCAUAAAUACCGAGGUCUAGCGAAGUCAGGAAGUCAGAUGUCAGCUUCUUUUACUUCCAGUGGGAGACACAUAAUAUCAGUUGGGGAGGACUCGCGUAUUUAUUUGUGGAAUUAUGAUGAUUUGUCCAUCCAGACAUCCAAACAAGCCAAAUCCAUCCGUUCCUGCGAGCAUCUCUUCUUUGAGGGUGUGUCUAUUGCACUAACUUGGUCGGAUUCGGUGACAGAACAAAAUAGUUUUGCUUGUGGCAGUUCCCAAUCUGACGUUCAAACUCUUGAUCACCAAGAAGUGUCCUCAAGGUUUUGGGAUUCAGAACGUUUCUCCCUUGCUAAUUGGUUCUCCGCAGAUGGCUCAUUCCGAACCUCUACGACAUGGCCUGAAGAAAUACUUCCUUCGUGGGAGUUGCAAUCUGUUGAAAAUGAUUGUCAGCCAUGUAGUAAUUGUGGUGAUCAUCUUCAUCAGCACCCGCAACACAAGAAUAACAGCUAUGGAUCCAGAAUUCUAUCUGCAACUUGGGGUCUUGUGAUUGUUACUGCUGGUUUGGAUGGAAUGAUCAGGACAUUCAACAAUUAUGGAUUGCCAGUCAGGUUUUAG